AUGUUAAUGGAUCGCCUAGUGUCAUAUGGAACACAGUAUGAGGUGAACUCUUAUAAUUUAGCUAGUGAUCAUCGUCGUACUACAGCGCCCAUUUCAUCAUCGAAUAUUAGUAAUAAAUUUGCUGAACUCUCACAUUUAUUAUGGUCACUAGGGACAUUAACACAAGCACGUAUUUCAACAUUAGAUUAUAGUUAUAAAGAAUAUGAACAACUGACAUUUGAAAAACAUUUAGAAUUUAAAACAAAAUUAUUUGAAGCCUUGCGUUAG